CAAAUCACCCGCAUUAACAAAGCCCACACACAUUAGUCUGAUUUAAUUUAGCCGACUACCCACGCCCUGCAGGUAUGCAACCUACACGUGCGCCGCCCGGAUGAUGCCUGCCAUGUCCUGUUAUGGCUAGCAUGGUGGUCGAGUAGAUCCUAAACAAGUAGGUACAUUUAUUUUUCAUAUGAUCGGUUUCCACUCGGCAGCAGUAGCAGCACGCCAACGCGCAAAACCCGGAGUGGGGGAGCUGAUACGACGGGAGCGCGCACCACCACCACCGCGGCGCGCAUGCACAGCUGUCAGGACCAAGGACAGCAGCCGCUCAACCCGGAUUGACCAGGCAGCGACGCAUCGGGGGGGGUGAUCAGUCCGCACAAAGCGCGCGGAACAGCGGCUGGAGGGAGUGAUACACAAACCUCUGCGGAGGAAGCCGCCUGGAAGCCGAGACAAUGGUUUUCACUCCUUCUUCAAAACCGUAGGGAGGUUUGAGCGAAUUCUGCAGAGGAGAGCAAAAAAAAAGGGGGGGACAAUGCGGUUCAGACGUCCCUUUUUGAAAGCCUGCCCCUAAUAUGAGCAUGCACAUUCCUCCGCAUUGCUCAUAGAUCCACCUUUUCUCUCGGCCUCCCGCCCACCGCCCACCUGGAUCGUGUCUGCAGUCGCGCAUUCAACCGGCCGAGCCGCGCUGCUGCUCAGAAGCUGGUCGAGCCGACCCGCCACCGGGGGGAAAAGGGACCGGGCUGCGCCGUGCCGUUUGGUGGCCCACACGAUGCGUCUGUUUCUGCUGGCGGUGCUCCUCUCGUGCUCCUGCGCGCGGGCCGGCUGCGAGCCGAAAAUCGUGAACAUCGGGGCCGUGCUGAGCCAGAAGAGAUACGAGCAGGUCUUCAAAGAUGCGGUGACCCAGGCCAACCAGGUCUACGGCAGGGAUAAAUUCAAGCUGACCGCCAUCUCCGUAACGCACAAGCCCAACGCCAUCCAGAUGGCUCUCUCCGUCUGCGAGGACCUCAUCUCCAGUCAGGUCUACGCUAUCCUGGUGAGUCACCCUCCCCAGUCCAAUGACCACCUCACUCCAACGCCGGUCUCAUACACUGCAGGCUUCUACCGCAUCCCUGUGGUGGGGCUCACCACCCGCAUGUCCAUCUACUCAGACAAGAGCAUCCACCUGUCCUUUCUGCGGACGGUCCCUCCCUAUUCCCACCAGGCGCACGUGUGGUUCGACCUGAUGCGCGAGUUCAACUGGAACCACAUCAUCUUGAUAGUGAGCGAUGACCACGAGGGGCGGGCCGCUCAGAAGAGGCUAGAGACCCUCUUGGAGGAGAGAGAAACAAAGAAUAAAAAAAGGAACUAUGAAAACCUCGACCAACUGUCCUAUGACAACAAGCGAGGACCUAAGGCAGAGAAAGUCCUCCAGUUCAGCCAGGAGACUAACUUAACUGCCCUGCUGCUGGAGGCGAAAGAGCUGGAGGCCCGAGUCAUCAUCCUGUCCGCCAGUGAGGAGGACGCUGCCGCAGUGUACAAGGCUGCCCGCUUCCUCAACAUGACGGGCUCGGGGUACGUGUGGCUGGUGGGCGAGCGGGAGAUGUCGGGUAAAGCCCUGAGCGAGGCGCCAGACGGCCUGAUCGGCCUCCAGCUCAUCAACGGGAAGAAUGAGUCAGCCCAUAUCAAUGAUGCGGUGGCUGUGGUGGCUCAGUCCAUCCAGGAGCUGUUUGAGAAGGAGAAUAUCACAGAGCCCCCGAGAGGAUGUGUGGGCAACACCAACAUCUGGAAAACAGGGCCACUCUUUAAACGGGUGCUGAUGUCAUCUAAAUACCCAGAGGGCCUCACAGGACGCGUGGAGUUCAAUGACGACGGAGACAGGAAGUACGCCCAUUACAGUAUACUCAACUACCAGAAGAGUCGACUCAUUCAAGUCGGCAUAUACAAUGGAACACAGGUGGUGAUGAACAAUCAGCGGAAGAUCAUCUGGCCCGGAGGAGAGACGGAGAAACCACAGGGCUUCCAGAUGUCCACUCGAUUAAAGAUAGUGACGAUACACCAGGAGCCAUUUGUGUAUGUGAAACCCACUCAGCUGGACGGAACAUGCAAGGAGGAAAUGACUUUAAACGGAGUCUUAAUUAAAAAGGUUAUCUGCACUGGGCCCAAUGAGACCAUCCCAGGUAACCUAUCAGGACGUCCAAUUGUACCCCAAUGUUGUUAUGGAUUCUGUGUUGAUCUCCUCAUCAAGUUGGCUAUGACCAUGAACUUCACCUAUGAGGUGCAUCUGGUGGCCGAUGGGAAAUUCGGAACUCAGGAGCGGGUGAACAACAGUAACAAGAAAGAGUGGAAUGGCAUGAUGGGAGAGCUCCUGGGGGGCCUGGCUGACAUGAUUGUAGCCCCACUGACUAUAAACAACGAACGAGCCCAGUACAUCGAGUUCUCCAAACCCUUUAAAUAUCAAGGCCUCACCAUCCUUGUUAAAAAGGAAAUCCCUCGCAGUACGCUGGACUCGUUCAUGCAGCCGUUCCAAAGCACGCUGUGGCUUCUGGUGGGUCUUUCGGUGCAUGUGGUGGCGGUGAUGCUUUACCUACUAGACCGGUUCAGCCCGUUUGGAAGAUUUAAAGUAAACAGUGAAGAGGAAGAAGAAGAUGCCCUCACCUUAUCGUCUGCUAUGUGGUUCUCCUGGGGAGUGUUGCUGAACUCUGGAAUAGGGGAAGGUGCACCGCGCAGCUUCUCAGCGAGAAUCCUGGGUAUGGUGUGGGCCGGAUUUGCCAUGAUCAUUGUGGCUUCUUAUACUGCCAACCUGGCUGCCUUCCUGGUGUUGGACCGACCUGAGGAGCGUAUCACCGGCAUCAACGACCCAAGGCUGAGAAACCCAUCCGACAAGUUCAUCUACGCCACGGUGAAGCAGAGCUCCGUGGACAUCUAUUUUCGGCGGCAGGUGGAGCUUAGCACCAUGUACCGCCACAUGGAGAAGCACAACUAUGAGAGUGCCGCCGAGGCUAUCCAGGCCGUGCGUGACAACAAGCUGCAUGCUUUCAUCUGGGACUCUGCGGUGCUGGAGUUUGAGGCCUCGCAGAAGUGCGACCUGGUGACCACGGGAGAGCUGUUUUUCCGCUCGGGCUUUGGCAUUGGCAUGCGCAAGGACAGCCCAUGGAAACAGAAUGUGUCCCUGGCCAUUCUCAGUUCUCAUGAGAAUGGCUUCAUGGAAGACCUAGAUAAAACCUGGGUGAGAUACCAGGAGUGUGACUCACGGAGCAAUGCCCCAGCCACACUCACCUUUGAAAACAUGGCAGGGGUCUUCAUGCUAGUGGCAGGAGGAAUAGCUGCAGGGAUCUUCCUAAUCUUCAUUGAAAUCGCCUAUAAGCGGCAUAAAGACGCCCGCAGGAAGCAGAUGCAGCUCGCCUUUGCGGCGGUCAAUGUUUGGAGGAAGAACCUGCAGGACACUCAGGAGACCUCUGGAAGUCAAGCUGUGGUCGGGACCCCCUCAUUACCCUCUUCCUCUCUAGAGACUCAGGAUGAUAGGAAAAGUGGUAGAGCAGAGCCCGACCCCCAAAAGAAAGCCUCUUUUAGGUCCAUCAGUACCACCUUGGCCUCCAGCAUCAAGAGACGUAGGUCCUCCAAAGACACGCAGUACCCACCCACUGACAUCACGGGCCAACUCAACUUGUCUGACCCGUCUGUCAGUACCGUGGUGUAAAAGAGAGGGAGGCACCGAGGGAGAGAGGAAACGAGACGAGUCAAGGAGGAAGUGGACGGGGAGAGGGAGGGAGAACCCGUCUCCUCGUUCCCUUCGCCGUCGAAGCCGGAGCUUUCAUUUCACUGCCUGCCGACGGAGCUUCGAGAGGAAAGUGCUUGCUGAAGAAGUAUCUGAAAACACUGAACUUGCACCUUUUUUGAAAAGUCGGGGUUACCUGGCCUUAGAUGUUCGUAGGGCAUGCACAGAAGAACCAACCCGACUCACAUAUACAACCUUUUCCUUCUGUAUAUUAUCAACUUAUUUAACCUUGUUUUUGUCCUUUUACUCACAGAAGUUUACUUAAUGUUCGAUGUUUACUACUUUGAAAUUUCCUGACUGAUAAGUUUAGCAAGCCAGGUUUAGUUUAGUUAAGUUUACGGAUUAACCAGAUUUGGUGCAAGUACUUUACUAAACAUAUCACUUAUUAGGGCUUAGAUACCAUAGUAAUUUCUAGUUUUUCUCAACAACAUAUACUGCAAUACAAGACGUACUGUAAGCUUCAGUGGAUAUCGAAUAGUUUUUAAUGGGAACUACCUGUUUUUAAGCUACAUUUUAAAAGGUUUUCAGAAGAUGCUUCUUUCAUUGAGAAGCACUAAUAAUGACACUAAUAAUGAGGAUAUGACUAAUCUUACCAUUGAAGAUGAUGGAAGCAUGUGUGUGCUUGUAUGUGAAUAAGAGCUUUAUGUAUCUGAAUGAUGAAAUAGAUAACUGUUAUUUUGAAGGCUAUAUACCAGAUUCUGUAGAUGUUUGAAUUGUAUCUUUUUCCAAUCUGCUAAAUGCAAUUUAUUUUUUAUUUCUCGUAAGAACUCAGUUCCUUAAUCAAAAUAUGUUAAGCUUUACAACUAUUUCUAAAAACAGGUGAACAUAUGAAAUAUGAAAGUAAGGCUGGUGUUUUUACGUCCAAACAUGGACGAGACGCUCAUGGGUCAGCCAUGUCGCUUUUGGGGACGCCCUCUCUCUUCCUCUCUCCUGCCGCAGCAGUCUUUCUCAUUUCCAGUCUGUAAAGGGGGUUGCAUCAAAGGGCCAGGUUUUUCGUCCAACCAGCACUCGGCCUUUCGUGCAAAACCUCCUUCCAUGCGUAGCGCUGGCGAGCUUUUACACGAAGGAGCCCGAGUGAAUUGAAAGCGUGGCCCUAGCUCCAGAGCUUGUGUGCCGGUCUUGGUUAGGUGUCAAAACAGGCCUUUUCCCCGUCUUCUGGAACUGAGAAACCACUGGUGUUUAUUGAAAAGACUAUGACAUCGUGUCCGGUCUCUGGCACUGCAUAGCACUUUAUGCUGAGGCGUCUACCAAACUGUAAAAUAAAGAUAUUGAUCCACCAAGAAACUAGAACAGGAUCAGUAAAACACCAGUCAGACAUAACUUCUCCACAACAUGUUUUGAUUUCACAAUUGUCUUUUUUUUUUCCUUUUUUCUUUUUAAUUUGAAAACCGUCUUUGUACGAGAAAUAAUGACACUUUGAAACAACCACACAAACUGAAUUUGUUUUCUAAACCUGAACCAAGGGUUUGCUUCUGAUCAUGUUCUCAUUCUGGCCUAUGCAUGCUUACGUGUUACUGCAGUAUCAGUGCUUCAGUUUGCUUUUGGAGGCGUGUUGUUGCUGUGUACAUUCAGCUGAGCUGAGCUGAGUUGAAUGAAAUGUAAAUUCUGGUUCGGUGUAGACGGGGUCGAGGAGAUUGCACUGUUUGUGUUACAACUGCAACUGAGAAUGUCUAGUCACACACACUCAUACACACGCACACACACAACAGUUGUGAUACACAGGCAUGCACUAACACUCACACACACACACAAACACAAAACCCCUUAAGGGAGGAAUUACUUCUUUUUCUUACCUUUUCCAGUAAAGAUCUUGCAUUGAAUCAUUCCGUUUAUACAACUGUAAAUAAAAUAUACUUGCAUUGCCAAGUCUAACCAA